GGCCUUGUCUAAAGAUGUAACGAAAAGUGGCGGAGUCGCGAGUCACACCUGCUUGGAUUGAAUCUCAGGUAGGCAUUGUGAAAAUUGCAGUGCGAAUCGGGAAUCUGUAGGGUUUGGAGAAAAUGGGCGGAGGAGGAGGUAUAACAUACAAGGGAGUCACUGUACACACUCCCAAGACGUGGCACACCGUCGCCGGAAAGGGCUUGUGCGGCGUUAUGUGGUUCUGGAUUUUGUACAGAGCAAAGCAAGAUGGUCCUGUAGUCAUGGGAUGGAGGCACCCGUGGGAUGGCCAUGGUGAUCAUGGUCAUGGUGGGGAUCAUCACUAGGUCUCAUCGAACCUUUGAAGAUCAAGGCGAAAAAUGUAUGUCUCUUUCUUUUCUUUUCUUUUCUUUUCAGUUUCAUGUCUAAAUAAAUACAACUAUGAACGAAGACGUCGAUUGUUUUCGUACACAACUUUGUAAGAUUUGCUGCUCCUGUUUUAAGUUGCUACUUGGAUUGCACUUGAUGUUUUCUCUGUCUACAAAUGAAUUUAAACAAUUAUACUUAUGGUUCCUUGAUU